AUGAGAACUGAUGAUGUAGGAAAAGGUUAUCCUAGGGUGGUAUAUUUUACUGCUACAUUCCCAUAUGUAGUGCUUAUCAUCUUACUUAUCAGAGGAGUUACCCUGCCAGGAGCUGGGGCUGGAAUGUGGUACUUUAUCACACCUAAAUGGGAGAAAUUAAUUGACGCUAUGGUAUGGAAAGAUGCUGCUACUCAGAUAUUCUUCUCUUUAUCUGCUGCAUGGGGUGGUCUGAUUACUCUGUCUUCCUAUAACAAAUUCCAUAACAAUCUAUACAGGGACACCUUGAUAGUAACUUGUACCAACAGUGCCACAAGUAUAUUUGCAGGCUUUGUCAUCUUUUCAGUGAUUGGAUUCAUGGCAAAUGAACUCAAAGUGGAUAUUGAAGAUGUUGCAGACCAAGGUCCUGGCAUUGCAUUUGUGGUAUAUCCUGAAGCCUUAACUAGGCUUCCACUUUCUCCAUUUUGGGCUAUAAUCUUCUUCUUGAUGCUUCUUACACUUGGAUUGGACACAAUGUUUGCCACUAUUGAAACCAUAGUGACAUCUGUUUCAGAUGAAUUUCCGAAAUAUUUACGAACCCACAAGCCACUGUUCACUCUUGGAUGCUGCAUUUCCUUUUUCAUCAUGGGUUUUCCUAUGAUCACUCAGGGUGGGAUGUACAUGUUGCAGCUUGUGGACACCUAUGCAGCAUCUUAUUCUCUUGUUAUAAUAGCCAUCUUUGAACUUGUUGGCAUUUCGUACAUUUAUGGCUUGGAAAGAUUUUGUGAAGACAUUGAAAUGAUGAUUGGAUUCCAACCAAAUAGAUUCUGGAGAGUCUGUUGGGCUUUUGUGACCCCAACUAUUUUAACAUUCAUCCUUUCCUUCAGCUUCUACCAAUGGGAGCCAAUGACUUAUGCCACCUAUCAUUAUCCAGGCUGGUCAAUGGUACUAGGAUGGUUGAUGUUGGCUUGCUCUGUUAUUUGGAUUCCUAUUAUGUUUGUGAUAAAAAUGCAUCUAGCUCCUGGGAACUUCAUUGAGAGGCUCAAGUUGGUCUGCUCUCCACAGCCAGAUUGGGGGCCAUUUUUGGCUAAACAUCGUGGUGUGCGUUAUCAGAAUAUGAUAGACCCACUGGGAACGUCUUCCCUUGGACUUAAACUGCCACCAAAAGAUUUUGAAUUGGAAAUGCAAUCCUAG